CGGUCAUACGGUUCUUGGAGCAAAACGUAAACACCGCCGAAAUGGAGCACGAGGUGGCUGUUUCUGGGGAGGAUUGCCCCCCAGAGGGUAUCAAGUCGAGUCCUCCACUCAAGCCCUCGGCCAACACGGCCAUAAAGUGCCUGAAGUGCGACAAGGUGUACAUAUUUCCCGCCGACAAGGACGACUGCCUGGCGCACUUGUAUCUGGAGCACCGCCUGGUCAUAGCAGAUGUGGAGGAUAUAGCCCUGCUGGAGGACUAUCUGCAGUACUGGGAAAAGGAGUUUCAGGCCCAUGAAUUCGAGCAAUAUUGCACAACCAUGUUUCUUGAUCAACUGCCCGAUGGCAAAUAUGCCAGGAACGAGAAAUACUACCUCCUGUGCGAUAUCCUGCCCCAGGACUACGAGCUGCGACGCAGGCUGAAGGAGAAGCGGCUGAGUGAAGCCCUCGAGCGCCAUCAAUUUGAGCUAACAGACAGAAAUUUCUCCAAGGAGUGCCUCUUCUGCAGGACCGUGAUCGAGGGACUGAGGGCUGACUACCUGGACCACCUGUUCGACAAGCACUUCCUGCUGGUGGGCAAGCCUGAGAAGCUGGUCUACGUGGACGAGCUGCUCGAUCACCUGGAGGAGAACCUAAAUCGGUUGAUGUGCCUGUACUGCGAGAAGAUCUUCAGGGAUCGGCCCACGCUCAAGGAGCACAUGCGCAAGAAGGGUCACAAGCGGAUUAAUCCUAAUAGAAGGGAGUACGACAAGUACUUCCUCAUUAACUACAAUCGCGGACCAGCUGCUCCAACGCCCCGGAAGCAGCAGCACCACUCGAAACGAAGACAGGCGACCGCGUCGGUGUCCACAGUCGCUGAUCCCGAAACCGGCAGCGUGGACUUUGACAAGCACUUUGCUCGUCCGGAUUCGGAUGAUGAGCACGAUUCCGAUUGGUCGGAUUGGGCGGCAGAUGGUGAGCCCAGUGCGAUUAAGUGCCUGUACUGCCCCCAUCUUGGGGACAACUUUGCCGCUCUCAAGGAUCACAUGCUCGAUGCCCAUCGUUUGGACUUCGACAAGUCCACCAGCCCGCUGAAUUUCUACCAGCGCGUCAAGGUGGUCAACUACCUGCGCAGACAGAUGUGCGUGCUGCGCUGCGUGACCUGUGACCUUCAGUUCGAUGAGCAGGAGCUUCUGGUGGAGCACAUGGCCCAAGAGCUGCACUGCGGCAUCGGAGACAAGACCAGCUGGGACAAGCCGGAGUUCUUCUUUCCCUACAUGGAAAACGAUGGCCUGCUGUGUGUGCUGGAUGACUCCGCAGGCGAUGAUACGGAGGCCGAUGUGGUGCGCAUCAUCUCUGAGGACAGUCUGGCCCAGAUCAACAAGGAUGCAGAGCGGCUGUCCCUCGAGAAUUUUAAGCUGUAAAGUUAUGCAGAUCCGGAACAAGGGAUUUUUAAACUGUACAGUGAUUAACCGAUUUAGUUUAGAAUAAACUAAGUAAAAAGUUACAUAAU